AUUUGUUGCAUCUUAUCGAAUUUAGCAGGACCUGAACUCGUCGUCCAAAGCUGUUUUGUGGGGGAGGAUUGGAUAUUGAAUUUUGUAAGUAGACGAUCUCGUGAGUAAUGGUUUUUGUGGUUCUGACGGGCAUUAAAUUGGAAGGAGAAGGCUUCUGGACUCACCAACAAUCAUUGCCAUUGUCAGAUAACUGGUCUGAUUCCAAGAUCCCUGCAGACUUCUCUCGCAUACACGAUCUACCUUAUUCGAUCACUUAAGCGCCGACCAUGUCGUCAUCCACCAGUAAGACGGCAGUGGUCACGCCACGCUACACGAUGCAGGGUCAUGCAAGACAAGUCAACAGUGCUGUGCACUUGCCUGACGGACGACACAUCAUCACAUGUUCGUCGGACGGCUCACUCCGACUAUGGGACCUAGAGAGCGGCGCACAGAUAGGCGAGGACUGGCGAGACGAAGAUAAUGUAGUAUUUCGAUCCAUGGCAUUGUCUCCAAACGGCAAGACGAUUGCAAGCGGAGACUAUGACGGGAAAGUGAGGUUGUGGGAUGUCGAGACGAGAAAGGUCAUUGCCAGAUGGACAGGGCACGCCCAUACUGUGCAAUCAUUGUGCUGGAGUGCAGAUGAUAAACAAGUGGCAAGUGGAUCCUGGGAUGGGACGGCAAGAAUCUGGGAUGUCAGGAAGGGCAAAACUGUUCUGAAAAUCGAAACCAGUCACGCCCGGGUGAAUGCGGUGAUGUACUCGCCUGACUCAUCAAAACUCGCUACGGGGGGGUAUGAGGAGAACGCUGUGAAAAUCUGGGAUACGAAAACAGGAAAGCGUCUCAAAACACUCAAACACUCAAACACAGUUCGCAGCUUGGCAUGGACGUCCUUGGAUGGAAAUGGCAAACUUAUCUCCGAUUCAUAUGAUCUGAUUAGGAUAUACGACACCGCCACUUGGGAGCAAAUCGCUAUCCUUGAAGGUCACACAAAGCAUGUCACCGCCAUCUCCUUGUCUCGGAACAACCGCCUCCUUGCAAGUGCAUCUUAUGAUAAAACAGCACGUCUGUGGAAUCUUGACACCAACCUCCCAGUUGGACCACCCCUCCAGCAUGAAAACGUUUUAUGGUCCGUAGCUCUUUCCCCUGAUGCAAAGGUGCUAGUCACUGCCGAGGACACAACCGCGUACACUUGGGACGUUUACGCCAUCCUCAAAGAAGUUGGCCUUGAGGACCUACUUUCCAUUGGUUCCAAUAUUGUCACGGCACCAGAGGAGAGACGGGAACAGGAACAGACGGCACCUCGAGAUGAUGAUUCAGGAAUACAGCACACACCCCGCUCUUCGCUCAGUGACAGGUCAUUUUUGGAACGUGAUGCUACGCGAUGUCCUGGCCAAUUUGACGAUAUAGAUGAACUUCCGCCAAUGUUUUUUCAUGGCAUGGAGGCCCCUCAGUCCUCCCCAAUGGAUGGUUUACGCCCACAUUCCUCUGCAAAUGCAUUCCUCGCUCGCCUUCUCUCGCUCCUCCGGCGCUUUCGACCCGACAAUGAUAGAACGACUGAACUUCCGCAACCUUCACGGCCUUUGGCGGUUCAUCUACGCACACUCCUCGCUCGCCUGUCCUCACUCAUUCACCGCUUUUCACCUGAAAGUGAUGCACCAAAUGAACUUCAGCAACCCUCCACGUCUUCCCGGUUAGAUCCACAUGUGCUCCUGGCUCGCCUUUCCUCACUUUUCCCCCGAUCUCGACUCAAUACCGACGAAGAAGCUGAACAUCAUCCAACAUUGCCUACGAGUUCACAUCCAGAUGGAAGGCUCAUUGGCUGGCUGUCCUCAUUCUUCCGUUCUCAACCCCACACCAACGAAGAAGCCGAACAUCAUCCCACAGUGGCUUCAAGUUCACGUCCAGAUGCGAGGCUCAUCAACCGGCUGUCCUCACUCUUCCGCUCUCAAGCCCACGCCAACGGAGAAGCCGAACAUCAUCCCACAAUGGUUUCGAGUUCACGUUCAGAUGCGAGGCUCGUUAGCAGAACUUUCGCAACGCCCAAGUCAUCCUCGCGUUGUCAACGUGGCUGCAGUGCGGGACAAGCAGGUAUGGCUCUUCUUGGCCCAUUUACAAUCGCUGUGGUUUAGUGAUCUCUGUUCAGGCUUUGUUUGUUGCUCGGGGGCCAAAUUUUAAGAAAGCAAAACGAGCAUAUGAGCAACGAACAGAAUCGCACGCCCAACCUCAGGCAUCGUCAUCGGGCACUCAGCCUGCCCAUGUUUCAACAUUAGCGACAUCUCCUGUUCCAGGUACUAACACUACCACAACAGGUACAUCAACCCCACAGUCACCACCCAUCCCAUGGUGGAGUCAACUCGUGUUAUUUCUCUGCUGUACAUCUCCACCACAUGCCAAUAGUCAUUGACACAAUUAGCGUUGCAGCAUUUGAACAACUACUUCACCUUUGCUUCUAGUGAUUCCGUACUUAUGUCUCU